CGUGAUUUUGGGAGCAGCAAUGGCGGAGACGUUCGCCACAUCCUCGCCUUUUGCCUGGUAUGAAGUCCGCCGCUUGCUUGCAGCCAUUACAACCUUGGAGAUGAUCGUCCUUGUGGCCAUCAUGUUUGCGGCAUCGGCCCCGUCACAAGGCUGGGCAGCGGUUGCAACAAACACAACGGCCACAGCCGAAGACCUGGAUGCUUUCCCGAGCGCCGGACAAGAUAACGGUAGGGGGAGAGGCGGGGGGAGGAGAAGGAGGAAGCUGUAUCACGUGGACGUGACGGAAGCAGGAGAGCCGUGCACACCAAGUCCGUUGUGGGAUAGGGUGGUGGACCCAGCAAACUACGAUUAUGGAUGCAACGAAAUCCAGGCAAGACUCAAUACCGCGCGAGUCCCGUGCCUCUUCCCGUGUUCUUCAACGGUUGCAACUCUGUUACAUUGCUUUCUGAACGGCUACGGCUGCCUCUAUUAUCUUCGCUGGCGAUACCCUUUCUGCACGAUUGCACAGAGGAUGCUGGCGGGAAACAAAACCUUGGUGGGCAACGGCAGAGUCCGCGAUGUGUAUUUGGUGGAGUAUGAAGGGAGAAAGGUGGCGCUCAAGACCCUACGGAACAUGGACGAUGGUAGGAGCAAAAAGGUGCAUCUCAUGAAACACAAGCGGGAGAUUUUAACCCUUGACGCGAUGAGGGGGCAUCGAAACAUCGUCGGUAUGCUUGGAUUUUGCGACACCAUGGUCGUGACGGAAUACUAUACCACGAGCUUUCUACGGGCGAUUUUUCGCGGAAGAAUUGAACUACCGGACCUAGCGGUUGUCUCCAUGGCGCUGGAUGCGGCGAGGGGACUGCAGGCCCUGCACGAAAUCGCCAGUUCCAUUCAUGUCGACCUGAAACCUCAACAGCUGCUCAUGGACGAUGAUGGUCGCGUCAUGCUGAACGACUUCAACAGCGCCCUCCUCAUGAGCGUAAGCCAGGCUGGUGACGGGACGGCUUGCCCUGCACAAUCAGCCAAAAGGAACCUGCCUACGCCCUGGCCAUCGCCUGAGAACUACGCCGGAGAACCCUUGACACCAGCGAACGACAUCUACAGCUUGGCUAUGAUAUUCUAUUCGCUAAUGGCGGGGUCAUUGCCUUACGAGGGAAACCCGGAGCGCUUGGCGAGGGCAAUGUCAAGCCAAGGUCGACCUGAGAUAGACCCCUCGUGGCACAAAGGCUUCAUGAAGGUGGUUCAAGAUAUGUGGAAUCAAACACCCCAGAGAAGGCCUUCCGCUGAGCGAGUUGUGGUGCGAUUGCAGCUUGUUCAGGCCGAAAUCUAUUCAGAAGCUGUUCACGCAAGCCAAUGGGAUGCUACCGAGUGAGGUGCUGACACAUCGACGUUGUGGUAGAACGGACCCUUUAUUUCGAUUCUUGAUGUUUACCGCGCUGUUGGACGGUCUGCCAGGCCCGCCAUGUCAUGUGAAGCGUGUUGGACGAGGUGUGCGUGAGAGAGAGACGGGACGGGUUUUGAACUGUGUAUAGUGGGUCAGAAGUGCUGUGGCUGAUACGUAUGUGAGGGUGUAUUGUUAUGGGUAUUUUUACGUGCGGACCGACACGACACAAGCGAUUCAGGCUUGACCGGAAAACUGUACUUCUAAUUGGUUGGUAUUGCAGGAGGGUUGUAACGGGUGAGAUUAUAUACGCACGCGAUUGUCCUACGAGCAGUUUUUUUUUUCCAUUCUUCGGCGAUAAUAGUCGUAGCGGGUGCCGGCGGAAUCGAACCCGGUUUGCGUUCCACUUCAAGCAUAUAUUACCUCUUCGUCGACCCCGAUGUGUAAUGAGGGAGUCGUCCUCGACAUUUUUUUUGGAAGGUUGUACAGUUAAAGUCUACCCUUCCUUAUGAAGGAGAUCUCCAACUACCGCUCGUUGUUUGCGUUUUUCAUCUGGCCACAAGGCUGUAAGUGGCCCUCGCAGGAUUCAUCGUAUUAAGUAAACAUAUUGGAUAAAGCAUGUAAUCGGGGAAGCUGGGUUUACGGUAAGGGUGAGGGAUAGCGUCUGCGUACCCCCGGUUGUGUUCCCUCGUGAACUUCAUUUCUCUUUCGAAAGCGCUGAAGAACUGGGCGUGCGACGUUUUGUCGUUUUGGAGAGUUUUUUGUUGGGGGGGAAGGGUGCAAACCGACCAAACCCUGCCCGAAUCGCCGUACUAAGUCCUAUAUAUAUAGCAGAUAAAACUAAUUCCGUUAUAUAUCAAAGGAGUGCCGCGCGGUUUAGGAGGGUUACUGCGUCUGCGUGCCCCGGAGCCAUCACGUGCGCUUGGGCGGGCGCUCGCGCGACUGCACGCUGCGUUGCGUACCACCUCGUCGAGAGGGAGAGCAUGAUCAGCGCACCCUCAGGGGGGUUCGUAGACCGAAGGCCAGGCUGUUGCUGCGCAAGACUACAGCCAAAGACGUUCCAGGAAUGCAUAUGCAGUACGAGUAGACUCAGAGUCCAGCGAACAAGGGGCAAGGGCAGUGAGGAAAAGAGAGGGAGGGAGGGGGAAUACUGUAGGAGUAGGGGUACUAAGGGGGAGAGAAACCAAGGGGAAGGGGACGAAGAGGAAGAGGAGGAGGGCGGGGGAGGAAGAGAAGAGGUGGACGAGGAGCCAGAAGUACGUUGGAGGAGGGGUAAACGAACCCCGAAAUGGGGUUCGUUUUGGUUGGCAAUGUUGGUGCGAGAAUGUUGGAAGGUGGUGGUACGCAUAGUAGGCGGGUACAGUAGGCGAACGAACGCACAGCACUCUCAGCUGAUUGCGAGCUCCUGCAUGUCAUGCACAUGUUCCGCGGUUGGUUUCCGUAUAGCAUUGGGGUUCUUCGUUUACGCACGUAGCGGCGUGAUGUUACUCCGGGCUUUUAAAUUUCACUGAAAAUUCGAUUCGAGGAUGUGGCUAGUGUGGAUGAUAAUGCGGAUGAUUGUCGUGUGUCUGGUUUCUCCAACAAUUUUCCCAAAACAACAUUCUUGGCGCGUUUCAGUGUCAUCACUCAGUGAUUCGUCUGUCUUGUCUUUGUACGACAGGUUAAACGGGUUUGACGUCCAAUACAGUAUUGAAUCGUCAUCGACAGACGUUGGGGAGAUUAUAUAUUCCUUUCUGAAGUUGGCCUCCACAUGACUGGCAAUUAAUUGUUGUGUGGUCAGCACGGGUACCCGAAAAAAGUGCCUCCUCGCAAACCUACGUACUAAGGAAGUAGUACAAAGCCCCCCCCCCCUCGAGGGCCGUUGUAAGAAGACUUUUCAAUUUCUUUCGUUUCCGCAUGUUUUUCGGGUUGUUUUGUUUUUGAUCGUAUGCACACCCCUUUUAUUUGGUGGGGCAGUUGGCUUUUGACCACGAAAGGCGUCCGCGUC